ACGUCGUUUAUGAUGCCGUAGCAAUCUGAUAUAAUUUUCUAUUAUUAUUUUAUUUUGACAUCAAUUAGGUAUAAAUUGGAUGAUAUUCAUAUUUAGGGUAAAAAAGAAAAGAGGAGCUCUUGGAGGACGAAAGAAAUGUUCCGCAGUUGUGGACGGCGUCAUUUCGGGUUCAAUCUCGGUAGAGGAAUGAGAAAAAUUCUUUGGAUUCUCCAUUCGUUGAGGAGGAAGCGGAAGUUGAUGAGGAAGAGGAGGGCUGCGGAUGGCGGCGACCCUCCACUGGAAGCAGGGGUCGCUGGUAUUGAGGGUGCGGGCAAUGAUUUGCCCGCAGCGGAACCUGUUCCGGCAGAACCGGUCGCUUCCGGCGACGAUCUGUCUCUGUCGGCUGAGGAAGUAGGCCCGAUUGAGGGUGCCGGCAAUGAUGUUCCUGCAGUGGAACCUGUCGGCGAACUUCCACUGGAAGCUGCCACGGCCAGUUCGGACACUGCCACAGCCAGUUCAGACACUGCCACGGCCAGUUCGGACACUUCCAGCGACGACGUUAGUGCUGAAAGUGGAUUGGCCACUGCCAGCGACGACAUUGGUGCUGGAAGUUAUGCUCUUCCUAUGGAACCAGUUUCGGGGGCAUUGAGUUCGACAGAUUGUGAAACUUUUAGAGUCACAUCCCUUGAUGAAGUUAAGGUGUUGGAGUCAAAUUUGAAGGAUUCGCAGAAGCCUUGGAAGGUUUUUUUUGCAAGUUCACUUAAUGUGGAAGAAAAAGAAUCUAUUGUUUUCUAUUGCCAAAUUGCGAGUGUGCAGUAUGAAGAGAUUGGUGAGGCAAAUCUGGAGGAGAACUCGGAUGCAGAGAUUAAGAUCUUGGUGGAGGAGGAUGAGUCGACAGGUUCUAACUAGCUAGGUCUCAUUCACGGCAAUGCAUCCUUUGAUCGACUUUUGAGAUUGCCAUGUACAGUUUCUCCUAUCAUUUUACUUGCAUAGUCCUAUACUUGUAUUUUCUUGAACUAAAAAUAGAAGGGGUGUUAUAAAACAAACAACCCUCCUUUGGAGAUUGAAUGGUGUCAUCUUUCUUUUAUGUUUUCUUUUUUGGGUUCAUGAAGACGGCAAAGCGAUUUGUAAGACGUUGAUGUUUUGGACACACGAACGCUGUCAGACACUAUUUUAGUGUGAGAGGAAGUGUUUCUUGAAUAGAAAAACAGACAAUGUGUUAGAGAUUAA